GUUCGUUGCAUACUCUCAAGUGCAAAGAUAUCGUUUACUUGUCAGCCUUUUUGUUGUCAACUUCCAUCAACGUUUAUUGCCUUGCGCUGUGGUGGUGUUGAAUACUGCUAUCGUGCCGCCUCCGCCCAAGUGUGUCUCAUUUGCAAUACUACCUGAAGCGCUCUUAUUGGUUCUAUGGAUGAGCGUUACUUUGUUUGAUCGGUUGCUCGUCUAGCCUGACCUUCUGAAUCUGUGAGCUCACAAGAGCCUCCCGAUGUCAUCUCUGCAGAGGUCCGGCAAGACUGCCCCCCGUCUUGUACAGGAUGUUCAAGACUACGAUCCCGCCCAUCCUCCGGGCACCGGCCGCAACUUGCUCUCUGACGUGCCUCCGGUAUACCCUGAACACUACAACGGCCCGCAAGACUUCAUCUCGUCGCUAGCAUGUCGCCAUCAGUAUGCGCGAAAAGAAAUGCAGACAUUCCUCUCUCAGCCGGAUCAGAGAAGGAAUACUGGAACACCUUCGAGAGUCUCAGCGAUGUGUACCAAGUGUCGGACCCAUCUCCAGGUCGUCGUGAAUUACGCUGGCGCAAUCGGUCAAUCUGGACAAAACCUCUCCGGUCACAUCCAUCAUUUCGUCUACAAGUCAGGCAGGCAGAGGGGCGGUGCUUCACCCGUCGAGGUGACACCCAAGGGCCAGGUCGCGGAAUCAUUUCACUACGAAUGCUCGUAUCUGUCGUGCUCCGCGGCGGCGUCCAUUCGUGUCCUUAGCCCCGUCCUCGCGGACGAUCGGGUGCGACUGUUAACCGAUGUGGACUUGCUGGCGGAGCGGACAGACGCGGCAAUUGCUGCGUAUCCGGAGCGUAUGGAGGGAAUCGCUCGGCCGCCUCCUAUUAACGUGCUGGCAAAUUUGCGCAUAUAUAUCACCAAUGCCAUUCGCGAUGUCCAGCACAGCAUGUCAAUUUCGGCCGUCAACAAAAGAUUCAUGGCCUGCUUUGGUGUUGAGGGGCGACCAUGUGGAGAGUUGCUGGAAUUCCUGGGUUUCACAUUCAAGGAGGCUGAAGGCCUCUGGGACCCUCCCCGACCAAACCCAUGGGCAGAAUACCCGUACCAGGAUCAGCAAAAGAUUUUCCUUGACGAUAUUGCGCAUGAGCUGGCAGCGCUUAUGGAGCAGCGUCCACCAUUGGAAAGAAGAGGCAACAAAAUAGAUCCUAUUGGCCCCUCAGCAUCAGAUGAUCUCCUUGAUGCGUUAGAAGCUUUAGCCUAUCCUAAAACAUCAAGAUCAAGCGAGUUCCCCAUGGCACCCGCACCGUAUUACGAGGACUUGGGAGCCGUCGAGAACAUGUCAUCGACCCUUGUCGUGGACGCCUUCAAUCGACAAGUCUCAGUAGAUCCGGGAAGAACGUCGCUUUACCUCCAAUGUUUGAAAGCUAUCGGUGAGCUCAGAGGUGGAGAAGAUGGAGCCAUCAUCGAUCAAGCUGUCCAAGUCGCCUAUGCGGAAGGAAAGUAUACCGACGACGACAUAGUCACUGCAUAUCGUUAUUUUGGCCUCAGCCACGAUGAUACCCGUCUCACUGAAGACAGUAUCAUUGGAAAGUUCUAUGCUUUCUUGAGCUCUACUAACCAGGAGACUGAAAGCCGGACGCAGCUAUGGAGGAUAGGAGACAGUAGGCAGAGUGAACGCAUCAAGUCCGCGGCAGAGGACAAAGUUUCGAAUGCCGAGCAAGCCCAGGUCUUCCUUGGAGUUGAUGACAAGACGGCCGAUGAUUUCAUCAUCACCAUGUAUACGGCAAAGGUGAAUGACAACCCCGCAACCAGAGACCUUGCACGAAGGGCUGUUGAUCUCAUUGCCCAAUCUCGAAAAUCAGAAGGCUUGAAACACUUCCUUCAAACCGGCGAGGCGGGUGCUGGUGAAAUGGACGUCGCAGAUGCCUACCGUCUCCUACAGAUUCCGGACCGCACCAUCGACGAUGGGGCAAUCAUGGCAGCAUAUACGAUCUGCAUUGACGAAGCUCCGGCUCAGGCUGAGACAUACAACCGCGCUCUGUGUCUCAUAGCACAGGACAAGAACAGUUCAUUGCUGAGCAGCAUGGUCCCGGGUGCUGCUGUACAACCUGGGCGAAAUAUAUCGGAAUGGCCUGUUGGGUUGCAGAAUAUUGGCAAUACCUGCUACCUCAACAGCUUGCUCCAGUUCUACUUCUCAGUGCUUCCGUUCCGUGAGAUGGUGCUUGAUUUCGAAAGCUUUUGCAUGAAGAUGGAUGAUGAGGGUAUAGACAAAAAGCAAGUCGGGUCACGUAAAAUACAGAAACAAGAGGUGGAACGCUCCCAAAAGUUUCUUCGAGAACUGCGAAUUUUAUUCAAUGAUAUGAUAAACUCCUCCAAUCCUUAUGUGAUUCCAGGGCAAGAAUUGGCACGAUUGACUUUGAUCGGCCCGUCCAACGAGGCCGCAAUUCGUCGCCGAUCAACGAUAUCCGCAGGUAGGCCUUCAGGCCUCGGGGAAAUUAGCGGGAUGCCGAUCCUGGGCCCUCUCGGCCCCCCACAGACUACUACUGAGGAAUCCGAGAAAAGAGGUCCCAGCGAGAACCCUGCCAUCGCCGAGGCAGAGAGGCCCCAGCGACCUAUAAGCGACGGUGGUAGUGAGGCUACUCUUGUAUCCGAAACCACAAAGCAGGAUACACCAGCCGUCCCCGCAGAUGAUCAACAGAAUGCAUCCCAGCAGACGGAUGUUGUCAUGACAGAUCCGAGCAGCGACAAUGCACCUGAGGCUACUUACGAUGACGAUAGCCAUCCAUUUGAGCCAGCGACAGCUCCAAUCGCACAGCCUAGUCAACCUCCGCCAGUUCCUCCUCGGCCUACUCCGCAGGUAGAUCCGCGUAAGCAGCUUAUAGAAGAGGUGGAAAUCGGAGCUCAGCAAGACGUGACGGAAGUGAUCAAUAAUGUUCUUUUCCAAAGCCAGUGUGCCAUCAGGCCCCUCGGGAUUGCACCUGAUGGUGAGCAGGUCGACCAGAUCAAAGACUUGUUCUACGGACGGACCAAAUCUUAUCUCUCUACUACGAAAAAUGUCCGCUCUAGGGAAGAAUGGUGGUGCGAUAUCAAAGUCGACGUUGCAACCGGAUCCCGUGAUAUAUACGCGGCAAUUGAUGGCGCAUUCGAUGUCCAGAAGGUCAAUAUUGACAACUCCAUAGCCGAACAAUACGGUGCCAUCAGCAAAUUGCCCCCGGUGCUUCAAGUACAAGUACAGCGUGUUCAAUUCGACCCGGUAAAGAAAAGUUCUUUCAAAUCCACUCAUCAUCUCGACUUGAAGGAAACGAUAUACCUUGAUCGGUACAUGGAUACGCAGCACCCUGAGAUUCUGAAACGACGAGAGCAGUCCUGGGAGUGGAAGAAAUCAUUGAGGAAAUUGGAAGCUCGACGAGCAGAGUUGUUGCGCAAGAACGAGAGCGAUGGGCUUGAUAUGCCGACACUGUUUAGUAGCACCAAAGACUUGCUCGAUGAUCUCAACUCGAUGAAGGAAGACCCAGAGGCUGCACAGGACGCACUGGAUAUCAACCCACAGCUCGCGUCCGAAUUUGGGCAAUUUUCUCAAAUUACACAAACCGAGCUGAGUCACAUCGAGAAAGAGAUCAGAGACACGCAAACAAUGAUAUCGAAUCAGUUUGCCGAGUACAGACAUCUGGCCUAUCGAUUGCAUGCCGUCUUCGUUCAUCGCGGCUCAGUGAGCUUCGGGCAUUACUGGAUAUACAUCUACGACUUCAAGAAAAAUAUCUGGCGCAAAUACAACGACAGCGAAGUCACAGAAAUCCAAGAUCCAUCCGAAAUCUUCCAAGAUCGACAAGAACAGAACCCACCUACCCCAUAUUUCCUUGUAUACGUCAAUGACACCAUGAAGGACCGAUUAGUCAACCCUGUCUGUCGGGAGAUUGUCGACCGCCAAUCGAAUGUUCAAUCAUUCCCCGAAACAGAUCAAGAUACCGCUAUGCAAAAAGCUAUCAUGGCUUCACAGCAGCCGACAGAAGGAGACGUCAAUAUGGAUCCGCCAGCGUACAACGAAACAUGGGCUGGGAGCGGUGGCGCACCAGGUACGGGGGCUGACCUCCUCCCCUCCUUGGCUCAAGAGAAGAGAGCUGAUGGCAAUGAAGAGAAACGGUGGUCCAAUACCCAGACUAACACAAACGAUCCGCAGUAGUAGAUACUCAAAAGAUGUCCUUUUCGCCUCCC